AUGCAACAGGUCAUCUUGGCUUCCGUGGACCCCAAAACCAGAGUAACGAACGCGGCGGGCCUCCUUCGAUUCACUCAGUACUGUGACGAGUUCGGGAUUUCGGAGCUCGAUAGGAUGCCGGCUUCGGACGCGCUCCUCGCUGCGUUUGUAUCUUCGGGUGCCGCAAAGGUCGGGUCAGCGCAACAUUGGGUUGAUGGUUUGCAUUUGUGGCAUGAUGUGCACGGGGCACCUUGGCACGGCGGUGAUCUUCUCAGGCGUGCCUUGACCGGGGUACGAAAGCUCGCACCACCCUCUUCUCAUCGCCCUCCACGACCCCCUGUCACUUACGAACAUCUACAAGCCCUACUCGUACGCCUCGAUUUCUCCAAUACAAAGGAUUGCGCGGUUUGGGCAGCAGCUUCUGUCGCUUUUUGGUCGUGUUGUCGACUCGGAGAGUUGCUGAUUCCUUCCCGUGGGACGUUCGACUCGCACAAGCACGCUUCUCGUUCCGCUGAUUUACACCGUGGCGAGACUCGGGAUGGCGAUCCUUUCUUCACGCUACACAUUCCUUUUUCCAAAACCACCGGAAAUGCGGGCGCCGACAUUGCCAUCGUUCAUUCUUCCGAUGCGACUUCCCCAUUCACCGCUUUGGAAUAUCACCUUCGCGUCAAUCAUGACUUGCCGGAAUCGGCUCCGUUCUUCGCGUUUCGGCAGGGCGACUCGUGGGAACCUCUCACGAAGCCGGCUUUUCUCAACAGAUGCAAUGAGAUAUGGGGGGUUGCGGGGUUGACCAUGAUCAGUGGGGGUCAUAGCUUCAGGAUUGGAGGGGUGACAGAGCUGCUGCUGCGAGGAGUACCCCCAGAGGUUGUCGCGAAGCAGGGUCGCUGGAGGUCUGACGCCUUUCUGAAAUAUUGGAGGCGUAUCGAGACAAUAGUGCCACUUCUGAUUUCACAGGCUUUGUUCUCCUUUGAGGUCACGCGUAUUUCUAAUGUGAUGGAGUCCUUUCGUUUACGUCUUGGUCUAUCUAAAUAA